AUGGUAAAUAAUCCAAAUAACUCAAAUGAUAGUUCAAAUGAUUGUUCAAACAAUAUAAAUUGGAACGUGUUAGAGGGUAAAGAAUUUUUAGAAAUUUGGUUGGCAGCCGAUGAAUUUAUGUUAGAUGAAUUAGAAAGGAAUGUUCGAGAAUUUUUUGAAAUGAAAUCUGAACGUUUACGAUCAAAUUUUAUUCAAAUACUUCGAUUGGUAUAUCAAAAUCUUUCAUUUGAAAGAUUUCGAGAUGAAACAAUUCUUUAUAAUUUACUUAAUGACGAAGAUUACUUCGUUCAUGAUGGAGUGAUGUGGAAUUUAUUAAUUCAAUGGGCUUGUGCACAAUCACCUAAAUUAAAUUUGAUUCAACUUAAAAAUUGGAAACCACAAGAUUUUGAAAUUUUGAAAUUUCGAAUUGAUCACUUUUUACCUUUCAUAAAAUUUGGUUUGAUUUCUCGAAAUCCCAAGAAUGAUGUUCUCUUAAAACCAAAUGUUAUUUUGGAAGAUUCUAAAAUAUUGAAUCAUUCUCAUGCCAUUAUGAUUGCGAGAUGGAUUGAUACCGAUGGUUUUGAUCAUAAAACCUAUUAUUCAAAAUGUGGAGGAAAAAGUUUAACCGUGGUAGUAGCAACUUUAAGUCAUUCCCGAUUUAUUGUUGGAGGUUAUUAUCCUAUUAAUACCCAAGGUUCUUAUCCAUAUGAAGUAUUUGCUGGUUCAAUGGAUGCUUUCAUAUUUUCUUUUGGUGGUGGUGGUGAGAAUAAUUCUGAUGAAGAAUCUUCAAUUAUUAGUAGAGUUUUAAAGGAACAUGCUCAUGAAGCUAUUUGUAGAACUGUUUAUGGACCGGGAUUUGGUGAUAGUGAUUUAAUUAUUAAAUUAGGAAUUGGAAACAUUGGUGUUGGUUCUUGUUUUGGGAAUAAUUGUUUAAAGAAAGGAGUUAGUGGUAAAAAGUUUUAUGAAAGAAAAAUUAUAGAAAUGAAUACUUUUAAUUAUGAUGAUAUAGAAGUAUUUCAAAUUAUUAAAAUUUGA